GUUUUCUAAUCUGAAUUAUGUUGGACUUAACUAAUUUCAUCCAAUUUCAUCUCACUUGUCAGGACAAAGCAACGCUUAUUUUUCACUGAAUUUAUUCGUGCAAAACUGUGAAUAAACAUAAUUACAUUAAUGUUUGAGAUUUCUCUUUUUACAUAUGCAAUGUCAAGCAAGCACAUUCUCAACAAAACUUGAAGAGCAAUGUUCACUCCAUAUAUUUAUCCAUAUUAAUAAAAAAUAUGGGUAUUUGAUAUUUACUCACAGCAGAAUCUUAUAGAGACGCGACGUCUUUAAUUUGUCGGCAUUUUAAGGUUGAAUGUCUUCAUUGAAUAUAUUGCAUCAUCUUACAUCAUUAUGAUACGUAGUCAGAGACGACAGCAAGGCCUACAAACCGGGAUACUCAUGCUGUGUAUGCAGGCUGUAAACUUUGGACUUGACAGAAUUCCACCUGCUACUCUAAUUGGAGUCAUCGCACAGACUUUACUGUACGCUGGAGUGAUACGGGUGCCGUGGAAUGCGGAGGAAGUAUGUAUAUCGGCUGUGAAGAUAAUUAAAUACAAAGACUGGCGAUCGUUUUUGCUCUCGAAUUUCGAACACGGAUCAGAUAUGCAUUUGUAUUACAACAUGAUCUCCUUUAUUCUGAAAGGCUCCUACCUGGAGCCCAUCUACGGAACUAUCAAUUUUGUACUUUUACUUUCUAUACUGUCUAUUGGAUGUAGUGCGAUGUAUGUGACCCUUGGUUACAUACUGAUGCAGUUAACAGGAGAUUACGGAUACUUCACAGCCUGCGCCAUCGGUUUUUCUGCUACGUUGUUCGCACUGAAAGUUGUAGCGCUGUGCGAGGAACGCGACAAAUUACAUAAUAUCAGCGGAUUUAUAGUACCGAGUAAAUUAGCGGUGUGGCUCGAGCUGAUAUUGAUACACCUGUUGGUUCCAAAUUCCUCUUUCAUUGGUCAUUUGGGUGGUGUUUUAGUUGGAUGCUUAUAUUGUUAUACAUUUAUUGGAGAAAUAAUCGACAACUCGAUACACACGAUAACUGGCACACCUAUUAUACACGAAGAACAAUUUUAUAUAAAACGAAACAGAUUAUUUACGUAACAUUUAGUUUUCAUUGAUUCAACAUAUAUUUGCGACUUUAUUUUGAACUUAAUAAAUCCAUAUGUCGUAUUAAACCGCGUUAUAUAAAAUUGUUCAAUGAAGCACAACUAGAGAGUUUAAUUUUUAAGAUUUCUGUGAUCCUGAAUAAUAUAUUACAUAUAUAUUAAUAUAUAUAGAAGCAUGUAAUAAACAUAAGUAUUUUAUAUAAAUAAAAAAUUUUAAUUAUAGCUUAUUCAAAAGAAAGCUUAAAUGUGUUAAUGUUUAUAUAUUUUUUAUUAAAAAAUAAUGUAAAAAAUAAAAAUAAAUUAUUUUGUAGUCCUACUGAUGCAAUAAUGUUUUUGGUUUAUAAGUACGAAAAAUUAUGACUUAAAAAAAAUAAGGUUUUCCAUUUUUAACAUUUUAUUACAUACAUAUAUUAUAUAAGGAUUUUCUUUCUUGAAGGACCUUCAAACUGUUUGUAAAAUCUUGCGCAAUUUAUACAGUGUAACAAUUGGUAUGUUAGAACAUUGCGGUGCCGUAAGCGAACUCGCUAAAAAAAUAAACAUGAAAAGUGAAAGAGA